AGAGAGGGACUGCGCUUAGAGCUGGAGUGCGCGCGGGAUAGCACACCGGCUGGAUCGGGGAGUCGCGAGGAUGGAGAUCCGACCAGACAGGUUUAAGGCGGUUGCAGCCAAGAAUCUGGGAAAGAUACACAGAAUCCUAGAAAAGCGUCAGCCCAAUGGGGAGACCAUCGAGCUUUCGGCCGAGGGCCGCCCAGAGCUUGUGGAGGAGAAGGAGAUGCCCGUGGUGGACUGCACCUGCUUCGGCCUUCCCCGUCGCUACAUCAUCGCCAUCCUCUCAGGCCUGGGCUUCUGCAUCUCCUUCGGCAUCCGCUGCAACCUGGGCGUGGCCAUCGUCAGCAUGGUCAACGACCACACCGUCUGGAAGGGUAACAAGGAGGUCCUGGUGGCAGCACAGUUCAGCUGGGAUCCAGAGACCGUGGGGAUGAUCCACGGGUCCUUCUUCUGGGGAUACAUCGUCACACAGAUUCCCGGAGGUUUUAUAUGUCAGAAAUAUAAAGCUAACAACGUGUUUGGCUUCGCCAUAGUGGCCACAUCCACUCUCAACAUGCUGAUUCCAUCUGCUGCUCGUACACACUACAGCUGUGUCAUACUAGUCAGGAUAUGCCAAGGCCUCGUCGAAGGCGUAUCUUACCCAGCAUGCCAUGGGAUCUGGGCCAAAUGGGCCCCGCCUCUAGAGAGAAGUCGACUGGCCACAACAGCAUUCUGUGGUUCCUAUGCGGGAGCUGUGGUGGCCAUGCCUCUUGCUGGGGUGUUGGUUCAGUAUGUAGGGUGGCCUUCAGUCUUCUACGUCUAUGGCAGUUUUGGGAUAGCAUGGUAUCUCUUCUGGAUCCUGGUGUCGUAUGAAAGCCCGGCAGCCCACCCCACUAUCACCCCUGAGGAGAGGAAGUACAUUGAGGAAGCCAUCGGAGAGUCAGCAGGUUUUGCCAAUCCUCUACAGGUAAUCACAAAGACAAAUUCAAACCCCGUGGAGAGCAUUCUUCACGUCCAUGCCGGUGUACGCCAUUAUCGUAGCCAACUUCUGCAGGAGCUGGACUUUCUACCUGCUUCAUCAGCCAGCCGGCCUACUUUGAGGAAGUGUUUGGCUUUGAGAUCAGCAAG